AUUCCGUCGUUGCAAAUUUCAAACGCAGGGCUGCUGCAGCUUGGAGUCGACAAUCGAGCUGGUGGUAACCGAAAGAAGACGGUCGUCCCCCCUCACGUAAAUUGCACGGCAGAAACUUUUGUUAUUUUUAUUUUUUUAGAGGAGUCUGCUUUGGCAACAUGAGAGUGAGUGAAGUCCAUGCUGCAGAGUCUGUUGCCUACCUCAACAGAGCUCUGGUCAAGUUGCGGGAUAUAUGGGAAGAAAUAGGAGUGUUAGAGGAUCAACGCCUCCAAAGAACUAAAAUGGUUCACAUGCACAUCAAAGGUAUGCUGGAUUUGAUGAUAGUCGAAGAAGAGGAGCUCAAAACGCGAGUCAUUAAAAACAUUGAAACUUACCGCCAAGAACUUGAACUUCUUUGCAGUGAACUUCAGAUGCCCCCGUUUGAGGAGGAGGCCAACUGCACCAUGUUGCAGAUGGAGAAGAACUGCCGUACUGGUGUGGAGCAGAUGAAGGAGCACAAGAAGCAGAGAAUGGACGAUCUCAAGAGUCUUACUCUCAAAGAUUGCGAACUGUGCGACAUCAUGUGCACCGCCCCCUUCAGCAUCGACCAGGAAUCGGUCCCGUCCAUCAAGCAACUCGACGACUACCGGGCCCACGUUGAUAACCUCACAAAGGAAAAGGAGCGUCGUCAAAACGAAUUUUUGAGCUUAAAGAAGGAGAUAAUCGCAUGCAUGGAUGAGUUGGAGCAUGAGGCCGAGACCGCUUUUGAAAAGGACGUGCUUUAUGAGGAUGAGGAGGUGUUCUGUCUCUCCACCGACAACAUCAAAGCUCUUCAACUUCUCCUCAGCCAGUUCCAAGAGCGCAAGAUGGAGAAUGAUGUGCUGUGUGCGACGCUCCGCACUAAAGCCCGCGAACUGUGGGACAGGCUGAAGAUCCCCCUGGAGGAGAGGGAGAUCUUGUCCGAGCACAUGAUCAAGUCCAAGAAGAGCAACAUUGAGGCUCUCCAGGCUGAGGUCCAGCGUCUUGAACUGCUGAAACUCCAGAGUAUGAAAAGCGUCAUCGAGGCCAUCAGAGCUGAGAUCUUGCUUUACUGGGACACGUGCUUCUACAGCCAGGAACAGCGCCAAGCUUUUCUUCAUUUUUACGACGACGAUUUCACAGAGGAGCUUCUCAAUCUGCACGAGGCAGAAAUCAAAACGUUGACGCGCUACUUUGAGGACCAUAAAGAACUGUUUGAAGGCGUCACAAAAUGGCAGGAGAACUGGGCCGUGUAUUUGGAACUUGAUAGGAAAGCGAAUGAUACGUCGCGGUUCAACAACAGAGGUGGAAAUCUUCUGAAGGAGGAGAAGCAGCGGACUGACCUUCAGAAAAGUUUGCCCAAGCUUGAAAAGACUCUGAAGGCCCAAAUCGAUUCUUGGGAGCUUGAGCAAGGCAAAGAGUUCUUUGUCAAUGGGCAGAAGUUUCUGGAUUAUGUGCAACAGCAGUGGGAGCAGCACCACAUUGAGAAGGAGAAAGAGAAAUUGGAGCGGCAACUGAAGAAGACCAAACAGACCCAGGAAGACAUGUUGUAUGGCACUACAGUGAGGACCCCAUCCAAAAGGCGCAUCGUUGGAAACGCCACACCAAUCAAACACCGAAAGGUGGGAAUGUCAACCAUCCAAACACCAAACAGUCUCCUCACUUCGGGCUUCGGGGGAACCAUGUGCCAGCCGUCCAUGCUGAGCGGCAAGGGUCUCGGCCUGCGAAACCCCGGGCAUGCAAAGAGCACCCGAGCCAACAAGGAAAACAUUAACCGAAACACUCUGUGUGGAGCACUCAAGUCUCAGGAUAUUCCAGAUCGCACCUUUAACGCAUUCGCUGGCUCCUAUUCGGAAUUUGCGAGGGACCUAUCCAAGGCUUCUAAAUCCAAUGUGAAGUCUGGGCUGCUCAAUUCCACCGUCACUCAACAGUGACCAAAGUACUCCGACUCUUUUUGUGUGGAAAGCUUUUAUAACCCCCCCAAUAUGUAAAUGCUUUAAAUAUGUUGACCCAACAACGUUUUAAUUAGCUAUCUUUACUCAGGCUUAUUUUAUUGUCACCCCUGAGGUGCACUUUGUUUUUCCGGCUGGUAAAUGUAAGAGGUAAAAGGUCAGCGCUCGUAACAAAUUUGCUUUUUUCCUGUCACUUCAUUUUUUUAUUGUUUAUUUUUUGUGCUUCAGCCACUACAUCAAUAGUUUUACCUAGCUGGAAUGACAGCUACUCAGUACGUUCUUGAGAAACACGAUGCUUUUCGAAUCCAUCUGUAAAUAAAAGUUUGAAUAAAACUU